UGCGAAUCUCUGCAGCGCGUCAAGGCACGGGGAAUUUCCCGACGGGAAGCAAGUCGAGCUUUAAUGCCGGGGAUUACUAUUCGCAUGUUUUGUUUCGUUUUUGUUUUUUCAAUGAAGAACAAGUAAAGCAAGUGUUCUGGUACACAUUUGCCCAAAUCUUUUUCUGUCUCUCUCUUUCUCCUGGUUUCCGUGCUGUUUUGCGAAAUGACGUCACGGCGGCUUGUGACUGCAAUGGCGGCGCUGCGCGUGUCAAUCAAGUCGUCAAUUUGACACAAAUGCGAAGAAGCAAGUGAGGCGAGGCCGGUCCACCUACAAGGCAGCAUGGCGGGAGACGAGCACUUCCUUCCUGUCGGCAGUCAGAUCCUGGACACGCUGAUGAUGGAUCCCUCGUGGGACAUUCCACAAUUCCCUGUGCUGCAGUCGCACCCGGCGUCCACCAGGAUGGGGGAUGGCCCCUUCCUCCACAUCCUGGAGCAGCCAAAACAGAGAGGCUUCCGCUUCCGUUAUGGCUGCGAGGGUCCGUCUCACGGCGGCCUGCCUGGAGCCACCAGCGAGAAGAACAAGAAAACGUAUCCUGCCGUCACGAUUUGUCACUACCAGGGUCCGGCCCGCGUGGUGGUCCAGCUGGUGACGGCGCUGACGCCUCUCCCCCGACUGCACGCGCACAGUCUGGUGGGCAGUGGUACAUAUGCAUUUGUUAUUGUGUUCAGAUUCCCCAACUUGGGCAUCCAGCACGUGACAAAGAAAAAUGUGGCCAAGACAUUGGAGGAGCGCAUGUGCGAGGCUGUCCGCAUGGGCUACAACUUUGGGGUCUCCAUCCACCCAGAUGUCGACACCCAAUGCGCCGAAGCCCGCGUGCCCCGACAGCUCUCCGAGCAGCAGCGCGGCGCGAUCUGCGGCGCGGCAUGUGUGCAGGCCAAAGAGAUGGACCUGAGCGUGGUGCGCCUCAUGUUCACUGCCUUCCUCCCCGACAGCGACGGCGCCUUCACCCGGCCGCUGCACCCCGUCCUCUCGCACCCCAUCUACGACAGCAAGGCUCCCAACGCAUCAAACUUGAAGAUAGUUCGCAUGGACCGUACGGCAGGUUGCGUGAGCGGUGGAGAGGAGGUCUACCUUCUGUGUGACAAAGUCCAGAAAGACGACAUCCAGGUGCGCUUUUUCGAGGAAGACGACUCAGGUCUCACCUGGGAAGCUCUGGGAGAUUUCUCCCCCACGGACGUGCACAGACAGUUUGCCAUCGUGUUCAAGACGCCCAAGUAUCGUGACCAGAACCUGCAGAAGCCCACGCCGGUUAUGGUGCAGCUCAAGAGAAAGUCGGAUAGCGAGACCAGCGAGCCCAAGCCCUUCACGUACCACCCGCAGAUCAUCGACAAAGAGGAGGUGCAGAGGAAGCGUCAGAAGACGUUACCCAACUUCCAGGACUUCAGCGGCCUUGGCGGCGGCGGCGGAGGAGGCGGCGGCAGUCUGUAUCGAGGAGGCCCGGGACCAGGAGGAGGGCCAGGCUCCGCCGCAGGCGGUAAAACCCACCACGCCGGUCUUGAGCCCCUCUCGCAUGUGUCAUUGCCAGCAGGUUACUUUCAGGGUUUGUCCGCAUUCAGUUACGGGAGAGGAGCUGGAGGCGGAGCUUGUCCCACCGGCUACGCAACAAGUCUCGAAGGAGGUGGAGUCAAAGAUGAGAAUUCUCCUGGCAACUCGGCACAUGACAAUGACACCGACAAAGAUCCCGAUGACGGCUCGGCAGCCUGCGCUGUGAUGCGCCCACCGCAGCAACAGCAACUGCAGCAAGAUGUCGAUGACGACGAGGCGACCAGCGAGCACGCGUCGGCCAUCUUCCUGUACGCCGCCACUGGCGACGCGGCUUACCUGCUGGCCCCUCAGCAUCCCCUGAUGGCGGCGCAGGACGACGACGGAGACACGGGACUCCACCUGGCUGUCCUGCAUGGCCAGCAGGGGGCACUGGACAGUCUAACCCGGGUGCUUGCAGGGCUUCCGCCGGGAGACCGACUUCUCAACAUGAGGAACCAUCUCUACCAGACCCCUCUCCACCUGGCGGUGACGACGCAGCAGCCGGCGGCGGCGCAGGCGCUGCUGGCGGCCGGGGCCGACCCCACGCUGAGUGAUCGCCACGGCGACGCGCCACUGCACUUGGCCGCGCGGCAGGGGGGUUCCAUGCUGCGCUUGCUGUUGCGUCAGCACGCCGUCAGACGAAGCGUCGACGACUGCAACACCGCCGGUUUGUGCGCCAUCCACUUGGCCGUGGCGUCCAAUCAGCUGCGGUCGCUGCGGGAGCUCCUGGAGGGCGGGGCCGACGUGGAGGCUCAGGAGCGGGGCAGCGGAAAGACCGCCCUCCACCUCGCCACCGAGGCUGACAACGUAUCGCUCGCCGGCUGCCUGCUGCUCGAGGGCAAUGCAAAGGUGGACUGCUGCACCUACGACGGCACCACGCCCCUGCACGUGGCUGCCGGGCGAGGCUCCGUCAAGCUAACGGCGCUACUCAUGGCAGCGGGCGCAGACCCUCACAAGGAGAACCUCGAGCCGCUCUUCUACAAGGAUGAAGAUGAUGAUGACGAAGAUGAUGAUGAGGGCUGCGUUCCCGGGACCAGCCCCAUCAACAUGGCCGCCUCCGAGCAGGUGUUGGAGCUUCUCAGUGGUCAUGAGUACCAUCCCAAAUGUCCCAGUGUGGCUCUCCCACCUCAGGGCGACCUUCAGAGCCUGGCAACCUCGGUGAAGACGACGCUCAGCGGCGCUGUGGCGAACGACGCGUGCUGGGAAAACCUGGCUGAUGCUCUCGGUCUGGGAAUCCUCAAGACCGCGUUCAGACUGAGCUCGGACCCCGCCAAGACGCUCAUAGACUCCUAUGAGGUGUCUGGCGGUACGGUGCGAGAGCUUGGAGCUGCUCUCAAAUCAGUUGGCUCAUGCAGAGCGCUGAGCAUCCUGGAGGAGGCGCUGUGCGACCAGAAGACGGGCGGCGAUGGCAGCGACAGUGACGGCGUGGUGUGCGCUCAGCUGGAGGACCUCAAGGUGGACGUCGGACGACAGGACGGGCGUUUGGACAGUGGCGUGUGCGACAGUGGGGUGGAGCUUUCCAUGGCGUGAGUGUCUGGUUGGUUGCCGGAAGACUGGCAGAUGCUCAUAGACACGCCCCCACCACCCCCCUGCCCCCAUCUUCCCAACUGCAAAGACCAAUUUGGGGGCAGGAAGUACGACUUGAAAUACAAUCGUUGCUUAAAAAGACAGUGCACACGAACGCCCUUACUGUACAUGUCUGCGCACACACGUAGAUAAACUCACAUCAUCGCAGAAACCACUUUGGAAGCAUUCAACUUGUUCCAACUUGUGGACCAGUUUGUAGUGGAUGGCCGCGCAUACGUGUCGACAUUCAUACCCGUGCUUAGUGAGGAUGCAUGCACACUCCUUUCUCCCGUACGCCUGAACAGGAAGGCACUUGGCAGACACUCCUUCAAAUGCAAACUUUUCGUCCGUCACCCGCUCAGGAACUGAAGCUCUCAAAUGCUCGACCACAGAAACACUUGCAAAAAAAAAAAAAAAAAAAAAGAGAAAAAAAUGCAUUUGUAAUUGCUUGAAUUUUUGCAUAAAGUGCUCCUCAAACAUGUUGGGAUGUCACAACCGUUGACAUGUUCAUCCAUGGUUCCCCCUUUGCUUCGGCUGUCUUCUGUCCAGCUUCAUUUGGCAAAUGGAUGCUCUCAAAUUCUCAAAUGUCUCAAACUUUUCCUUUUUCCAAUGUGUCCAGGCCCAGAGAAAGCAAAGCAGCCCCAAACCAAAAUUAAGUCCUCCACCAUCAGGGUUGGGAGGAUUACUUUCAAAAUGUAUUCCAAUAGUUACUGGUUUAACACCUGUUAAAAAAAAUUAGUUGGUCACAUAAUGUAAGUAACAAAAUAUCAAAGUAAUCUAACUUGUAAUUACUUUCGGAUUACUCCAAUACCAAAUGUGCUAAUAAAGAUGAAGGGAGAGAAAAUAA